AUGCAUACUACGCUUUUGGCAGCAGCUUUUUUGGCAGUUCUCGCCUACGCUUCCUGGAAGUACUUCCUAUCCGACCUCAUCCUGCCGUCUCCGCUGGAUGAUCUUCCAGCUCCCCCUUCACUGUCGUUCAUCAAAGGAAACGUGGCAGAUAUUACCUCUCGUCAGAGCUGGAGAUACUGGAGGCAACAUGCGAAGACGUACGGCCCUGUCUCUGUAUUGCAUGGUCUUCUUGGCACCAAGAUACUCGUGGUCUUUGACCCAAGGGCAUUGCAUAGUAUUCUCCUGAAGGACGCAGAAAACUUCCCACAGCGUCUCUCUCCAUCAGACGAUCUGAACAUGCUCCUUGGUCCGGGACUCCUCACAUCAGAAGGAUCACAACACCGCCGACAGCGCAAGCUCUUGAACCCCGUCUUCUCUGCCGCCCAUCUGCGCCAUAUGACCGACAUGUUCUACGAAAUCUCGCACAAGCUCUGCGCUGCCAUCGGAGACCGCGUAGCUAAAGAGGCGGCGGUCGUUGAUAUGAACGGGUGGAUGGCCCGCGUUACGCUCGAGAUUCUCGGGCAGGCAGGCUUCGGAUACUCUUUCGACAACUUCAUGGAAGAUUCGACAGACGCGUAUGGGGACUCCAUCAAGAACUUCUUCCCCGUUUUCUCCAGGCUUCCUCUGCUCCCCAUCGUCCUUCCAUGGAUGACGUAUCUCGCUCCGGACCACCUCAUCAAGAACAUACUGCGGCUGCUGCCUCAUGCGGGCCUGCGCCGUAUGAUGGAUAUCUCGGACACCAUGGAACGCCGGUCAAAAGAGAUAAUUGCGGAGAAAAAAGCAGCAUUAACCAAGGGAGACCAGACCGUCGUGGACCAGGUGGGCGAGAGAAAGGACAUCAUGAGUAUCCUCCUCAAAGCCAACAUGAUAGCGCUGGACCAAGACAAGCUCACAGACACAGAGCUCUGCGCUCAAAUGUCAACCUUCAUCCUCGCAGGGAUGGAUACGACUUCAAACGCUCUCACACGUACGCUCCAAGUCCUCGCACAGCAUCCCGAGGCGCAGAAGAAGCUUCGGGCCGAGAUCUUAGAAGCCCACAAUGGCGAAAUGAGGAUGGACUAUGACGCGCUUUGCAAACUUCCGUACCUUGACGCGGUCAUUCGAGAAUCACUGCGUCUGUACGCACCUGUUGCGUUGCUUCCCCGUCGCCCCACAAAGGAUGCAGUACUGCCCCUCUCGGCGCCCAUUCGGGGCAAGGACGGUGCGCUUCUACGUGAGGUUCUCGUCCCCAAGGGCACACGCAUUGUCGUGAACCUCCAGGCCAGUAAUGUCAACGAGGCGUACUGGGGGGAGGAUGCAUACGAAUGGAGGCCUGAGCGUUGGCUCGAGCCGCUCCCUGAAGCCCUAGAGGAAGCACGUAUCCCGGGCAUAUAUUCGCACCUGAUGUCAUUCAUGGGUGGAUCACGCGCAUGCAUUGGAUUCAAAUUCGCACAGCUGGAAAUGAAGGUCGUCCUCUCCGUCCUGUUGAUGGCCUUCUCAUUUGAGCUCACCGCCAAGGAGAUCGCCUGGAACUCUGGCCCUGUAUCCUAUCCUACAAUGGGUUGGGAGAACAUGAAGCCGGAGAUGUUGUUGCGGGUGAAAGCUUUAUGA